UCCUGUUGGUUCAUUGCGUCUUCCAGUCCUCAAUAUGUUUUGCCUUCUUCUCUUGGUGUCUUUCUUUUGCCUUGCUGGUCAACCGAGUGAUUUUCAAAGUAAAUAGCGACCAGCCUACCCAGCGGGAGAAACUUUGAGUUUGCUACUAUACGAACAACUGGAAACUGAAAUUAUACAUUACAGACAAAAAAUAAAGGAGAUACUUUACUUCACUGUAGAGGGGAUGGAGAGGUAUAAUUUAAUCAAAGAAGUUGGUGAUGGAACUUUUGGGAAUGUUUGGCGAGCUGUCAAUAAACAGGCGGGUGAAGUUGUUGCAAUUAAAAAAAUGAAGAAGAAGUAUUUCUCUUGGGAAGAAUGUAUGAAUCUGAGGGAAGUGAAGUCACUUAGCAGAAUGAAUCAUCCAAACAUUGUAAAGCUGAAGGAAGUCAUCCGGGAGAAUGAUAUCCUAUACUUUGUGUUCGAGUACAUGGAGUGCAAUCUUUACCAGCUUAUGAAGGAUCGUCCUAAGCUUUUUGCGGAAUCUGAUGUCAGAAAUUGGUGCUUUCAAGUCUUCCAAGGCCUUUCUUACAUGCAUCAGCGUGGAUACUUCCACCGUGAUCUUAAGCCAGAAAAUCUAUUAGUCUCUAAAGAUGUCAUUAAGAUUGCUGAUCUUGGCCUGGCCCGGGAGAUUGAUUCGAGUCCACCUUAUACAGAGUAUGUCUCGACACGCUGGUACAGGGCACCUGAAGUACUGCUACAGUCGUAUGUGUACACGUCAAAAGUUGAUAUGUGGGCAAUGGGCGCUAUUCUGGCUGAGCUGUUGUCUCUUCGCCCUCUCUUCCCUGGAGCUAGUGAAGCAGAUGAGAUCUAUAAAAUCUGUAGUGUGGUAGGUAGCCCAACUGAAGAGACAUGGUUGGAGGGACUUAAUCUUGCUAGCGUCAUCAAUUACCAAUUCCCUCAGCUUCCGGGUGUACACCUCUCAAGCUUGAUGCCAUAUGCUACUGCAGAGGCCGUUAACCUUGUUGAGCGUCUCUGUUCAUGGGAUCCCUGUGAUAGGCCGACUGCUGCAGAGGCUUUGCAGCAUCCGUUCUUCCAGAGUUGCUACUAUGUUCCACCAUCUCUCCGUGCCAAACCGUCUGUUGGACAGAGAGGGUCUCUCGAGCAUCAGCAGCAAUCCGUCAAGAGGUUGCCAGCGACUUUGACCUGUACUGCUAAUAAUAAUAAGGCGUUCAACAGUUAUGCUACUCCAAAGGCGAAUGCUCUUCCUUACGGUGCUUGUCAGACCCAGAGGAAGCAGGAGAUGUCUAAUAAGAUUAACCAGGAGACAUCAUGGAACAGCAAACCUGUGGGAAGUUAUAAUGUCAGAGAUGCUAAGUAUAUACCACCACCUGGAAGGAAGAGUCCUCCAUCAAUGAACAAGAAGUGGGUCUUUCCUCGUGGGCCAUCAGAGAAUGCAAAUAAACUGGCAAAUGCUGCGGUGGGAGGUGGAAGAUGGAGUCAAAGGCAGACACAACAACCGGCAAUGAAGGCAGGGUGGGUGGGGGAUAGUGGUGACAUGUUUCUCAGACCUACACAGCCUCCCAAUCCCUACUCUAGGAGAAUUGCUGGUUAAUGGUCCAAGGGUCUUUCCUAUGACCCCACACCCAUCGUCAUCUACUACUACCCGAGAGUCCAAGUCGAAAGUUUGAAGACUGUUGAUUGCCUUUUAUUUGUGUUUCUUCUUCCAAAACUCUUGUUUAUCUAUGGAUCUUUCGUCGUUCUGUUCUUUAUGUUCUUGACGUUUUGAAUUCAAGUGUCUGUGUAUGGAGUAUUCUUUUCAUUUUCACAAUGAAGCUCUCGACUUUUGGACCAAUCGUUCCAUUGUGUAUA